AUGAAAGUAUGUUCUAUUUUCAGAUCUGGGCAUUUUUUAUUUCUGCUUUGUCUUUUUGCUGUGGAAGGCAAAAGAUCACCUACAGGAAAGCAUUCCUGCCGAAAAGGACUCCUCUCCCAGGUGACAGAGAACCUGUAUAUCAAGGCAACUAGUUUAAAAUCAUCUGUUCCUAAGGAUCUCAUCAARACCACAAGACUGCUUAAAAAGACUACAAAAGUGCUGUUUAUGACAAACUGCAGCGUUCGAGAUCAGCUCCUCUCCUUCUAUAUGAAAAACGUCUUCAGUCGUCUUGAGGUGGGAAGUGACAAGUUGUACAUUAUUAGUGCCUUCCAGGUCCUGCAAGAAAACAUGGAUGCCUGUCUUCCGUGUGCUCCAUCCACAAGGUUAACUUCUCCURUCAAAAAGUUAAAGAGGAAGUUUCUCAAGCUUGGAGAUAAGGGAAUCUACAAGGCCAUCCAUGAGCUGGACAUUCUCCUUCCCUGGAUUCAGACCUACAUCCAAACUGUCUUAUGAAGAGUGAGAA